UGUUCCCACUCCUCAUGGAGUCUCUUGCGACCUUGUUCUUCCGUUCUCCUCCCAUCAAAAACCACCUCAAAACCCAGAAACCACUCACCUCCAAACCAUUCUCUCUUCUCCAUAAACCCCUUUCCACUUCCCAAACUUCAAAUUCUCGUGAAACCCAUUUUCCCUCCUCCGAGAACACCCAUAUCUUACUCAGAAAUCCCACCUCGGACCCUCUUCAAAGACAUCAAAUUCUCCUAAAAUCCUCAUCUUUCUUCCAACCCUUAUCCGAAACCCAUCUCUCUUUUGUGCUCUCCGGGCUUAUCACUGCCACUACUACAUUAUAUUCCCUUCCUUGCUCUGCUUCCGAAUCUGUAGUAUCCUCAACUGAGCAAGUCUCGGACAAGAUAAACUUGGAAUCAAUCUUGGUUUCCAUUGAUGGAUUUUUUAACAGAUACCCUUUUUUCGUUGCUGGGUGUACUUUCAUUUGGCUCUUUGUUAUACCCGUAACACAGGGGUAUUUCAGAAAGUACAAGUUCAUAUAUGCUAUUGAUGCAUUCCGUAAAUUGCGAGACGACCCAAAUGUGCAGCUCUUGGAUAUUAGGGAGGAGAAGAUUUUGAGAUCCCUCAAAUCUCCAAAUUUGAAGAUUCUGAAUAAGAGCGCCGUGCAGGUUCCAUUUUCUGAGGAUGAUGAAGAUGGAUUUGUGAAGAAAGUGUUGGGAAACUUUAAGGAACCUGAGUAUACUGUUGUCUGCAUUCUGGACAAUCUUGAUGGUAAUUCCAUGAAAGUGGCUGAGCUAUUGUUCAAGAAUGGCUUCAAAGCAGCUUAUGCAAUCAAGGGUGGGGUUGCAGGCAAAAAGGGGUGGUUGGAAAUACAGGAAACUCUUUUGCCACCUUCUCUGCAUAUCUAUCCUCAGAAGAAGAGAAAAGCAUCACAAGAACUCGGGGAGAAUGGAAGAGUUAUUCGGAGUAAUGAAGACAAUGGUGCCAUAGGAGAAAGCCAAGGGAGUGACCAUGCACAAGUAGCUAAUUCCACAAUGUCCACGCUAGACAAGAAAAAUGGUGCAAGAUCAUCCUCUCCCUAUCCUAAUUAUCCGGAUUUGAAACCGCCGUCGUCGCCAACUCCAUCAAAGCCCUCAAAGUGAUGUUUCAACUCUCAUUUAGAAGAGCACUUCCAAGUUACAAAUUUCCAAUUUUGACGAUUAUUUAUUAAAGCAGGGGUUAUUGAAUAAAUGAGGAGCCCUUUCAACCCAUAAUGUCAUAUUUGUCAUCACUUAUCAGGUCUUGGUGCUUGGAUAAUUCAUUGCAGUUGUUGUAGUAUGUUGGGGUCCUUUGUACCAUUACGUCCAUUUCAUAAUGUAAAUACUUAAACCCACCUUUGCAAUUAUUAAGGCGAGCUUUAAA